GUCCCGGACGGCCUGCACGGCCAUGGCGCUCCCGCUCGCUGCUGUGCGCGUCUUGUUGGGCGGCUUCUUCGCGCUCACGGGGGCGGCCAAACUCUCGCCGCAGAUCUCGGCUCCGGUGUCGGAGCAGAUGAAAGCCCUGUUCGAGCAGUUCGCUGAGGUGUUCCCGUUGAAGGUGUUCGGCUACCAGCCAGAUCCCAUAAGCUACCAAGCAGCUGUGGGCUGGCUGGAACUGUUGGCUGGGUUGCUGCUGGUCCUGGGCCCACCGAUCCUACAAGAGAUCAGUAACUUGCUUUUGACUCUGCUCAUGUUGGGGGCUAUCUUCACUUUGGCAUCUCUGAAAGAGUCACUGAUCACCUGCAUCCCAGCCAUCGUCUGCCUGGGGCUCCUUCUUCUGCUGGGUAACUGCUAGCUCUUAGUCCAAACUGAGAAGGUGGUAAAACCCACUAGGAAGAAGUCUCCAAGUACACUCAAGGGAUCCUGAGAGUAGAGUGUCUCUUGCCUCUUCAUGCCAUGUCACUGUCAAAGCAGGAAUGUGGUGGAACACAGCCUGCCACCUUGUUGCCAAUAGUUGCAGAGCUAACAAAGAUGGGCGUUGAGUCAUCAUUUUACAGGACCUGAAACUGCCAGGGCACUCAGUGCAGUGCUCCUUGGACACCUACAUCUCCAGGGGACAGCCAGCUCCAACAGAUGCUGCAUGUUAAAGCAGUGCCGAAAACCUAGGAUGAAUCGCAGAGGUCCUGGGGAGUCAAAGGUGUGUAUGGGGGGGGAGAGGGGAAACACAAUUCUCGAGGGAAAAUGACCAUAUUAGGGUACCUGCUAUCACAUCACCAACCGUCUUCCCCUCAGUGGGGUCUUUUGGGAAGUGAUGUGCCUCCCAUAAGGGAAAAUAGUAAAGAAAAAGAAUUCAUUUAUUUAUGCAAAUACUCUAGCCACCAGACUACAGAUUGCUUUGAGGCGUAGGGGCAAUGGCUUUUGAGAGCCCACAGGAGUGAAAGAAGUCUGUAUGUAUUACUCCAUUUCACCUUCACCAUAGAAUGGUAGUUUCUGCUCUGACACUGACCCCCAGACAAGUUGGCACUCUUAGGUCUUCUUGUGCCUGAGAGCACGGUGAUGCAAUCUAUAUAGUAAAUGUGUGUGUAUAUGUAUAUUAAUAUAUUAUUUCUGUAGUAGUAUAUGUAUACUACAUAUACAGAGUGUCAAAACGAUAAGGAAACUUCUCUCACAUAAGAGGUCCAGAGACAGCAUAGCUUCAGUUUCAAUGUUGAGUAUUUGGACCGCUUUACGAUAACAUCAAAGACUGAUAGUUUUUCAACUUUGUGCUCUGCUGCUUUCAAUUUAUUGACUACUGCUCUCAGGGUCACAAAAUAGCUGCAGCAGCUCUAGGCAGCACAUUUGCACAUAAUAUCCAAAGGUGAAUAGAGGGAAGAAAGCUCUCUUAGAAGACCCUUAGAUAUUCCCCCUGCUAUCCCACUGGCCAGAAAUAUGUCAAUUUCCAUUCCUAGACCAAUCACUGGCAAGGAGAAUGUAAUGCUCAUGAUGGACUUAGACUAGUUAAGAUUUACCCACACUGGUCAAAUGGUCAGCAAAGAAGGGAAAGAGUGUUACUGAACCAAACUUGGGUCUGCUCUCCCACACAGUUAGUUUCUUCCAUUUGGUGGUGAUGUUAGCAUCUGAAAAACAACUCAGGAACUGUGCAUCAGAUUCUGUUGUUCAGGUACUUCAGAGAGGAGCUAAAGGAGAGGAUAUAGGGGAGAAGUCUGUCCUGAAAAGGCCCCUUAGGGUCCUGCUCAGUUACAAGAGUAGAUAAUGUCACUUGCAAAAUAUGGAUAAUAAUGGCUAAUAUUUCACAGAGUUGCUAUGAGGAUUUAGUGAGUUAAAGUGCUUAUAGUAGGACCUGGUACAUAAUAAGUGCUCAGUAAAUACUGUUAUUAAAUAGCGUUUGUUAUUAAGUGGCAGUUUGUUCUACAGAUGAGAAAAUGGAUUCAGAAAGCUUAAGUGCCUAUGUGUCAGACCUGAGACUAGAAUUAAAGCCUGAUUGACUCCAGAACCCACACUCUCCUCUGUACCAGCUGCCAAAGUUGAAAUUGGGCAGGCACGGCACCCCUGCUCUCUUCAGCUUGAAGGUAGAUGGGAUGAUGGGUCCAAUGUCAUUAAAUCUGCACUGCUUCUCAGAAUUGCUCCUCUGCAGGAAGAAUUUGAAACCUUUGAAAGUAGAGCCGGGAGACCCUAGGAUCCUGGCCCCUUACCAUCUCUAUCCCUUCCAGGAUUCCACAGCCCUCCUGUCUCCGACCAGGACUUUGAGUAAAACCUCUCACAGCUGGCAUUAGAUCGAGGGCUCCUGUUUACGAAGGCUUGGGCUGUAAUCUGAUUAGCAGCCACAGGGCCCCGGAGCUUGGUUGUGGGGCCUGCCCAGCAGCUGCAGGAAGGGCAGGGUGCUGGAGGAGUAGGCCGGCCAGCUGGUAUGGAGGAGCAGUUGGGAUUGACAGCAGCAGGGGUAUCUUCAGCUCCAGCCGUGACUCCUCAGCCCAAGAAGAAGCCAGGCCUUAGGAAAUGGCCCCCCAAACCACAGCCUAAACCUUGGUCAGGUCUGCACAAUGACAUUCAGCUGUGAGGCUUUCCUUAUACUUUUCUAUCUCCCUCCCUGGGCCCCUUGCCUUGCAGUGACACUCCUCUUGGGACCCUGGCUGCACCCCACAAACCCAGCUCGCCGCUGCCACAGGUGGACGCCAGCUCCUCCAGCUGUUGGGCCCAUUCUUCAUGUCAUGUCCUGGGAUUAGUCAUUUGAUGGGAGGGUCUAGGAUGUGUGGGUGGGAGUGGAUUCUGCUCUGUCUCAGUGCCUAAAAGCCAGGCUCCCAGGGCCCCAGAGAAAGCUGUAGCAGCCAGAACAGCAGGAGGUAAGAGGAAUGAUCUGGUGGGAUGGCAAGGAGAGGUUCAGGGUGGGGCAGAUGGGGGCUAGAUCCAUGGUGGACAGACAGAACUGAGAGGGAGGGGGAGAAGGGAAUACAGUCACUCAGGGUCCCAGAAAGGAUUGGAACCUGAGAGGUUCAAAGGCAGAAGGACAGAUUUUGGUAUUGGAGGAACCAAGUUUUGGGGCACACUAGGAGUAUGACUAGGGAGUCAAAAAUAGUAACAGGACAUUGGCUUGUGUGCUUACCCCACCUUGGGAGAGGGGUGAAUAUGCCCAGAUGUCUUUGUGCUGUUUUGUUUGAUUGGGGUUUCUGUGUCUAAUGCUGUAUGUGUGCCUGUGUGGGCGUACACAUUUAUCUGUGUGCUGCCUAGAGGGGGAGGGAGCUAAUGGUUAUGAAGUUUCUCCCCAGUGUCAGCCAGUGCUCAGAGUUUUACUUAUGUUUUCUCAUAAUCCUCCCAACAACCCUGUGAGGUAGGUAUUUUAAUCUCCAUUUUACAGCAGAGAAGACAGGAUCAGUGAAGCUGAGUAAUUUGCCUAAGGUCACAUGGCAGAUAAAUGUGUGUAUCUAGAAUCUGCCUGAUUCCCAGGCUGGGCUUUCUUUGCUUUGCUGUCUGAAAUUUCAAAUCAGACCCAGGACUUCGUGGUCAAAAGGUGAGGGGGGAAGGAAAACAGGCUGGAAGGCCUGAAAGAUGUGAAACCUUUUCAGCCCAGUCCAAGGUGCGCCAGGCAAGCCUCAGGAGAGGACCUUCACCAAGGCAAGUGUGAGUCACUGUGCAUGGGCAUGUCCUCUGGGUCACUGCAUCCUAAGACAGUAACUCCAUCCAUGCCUGCUGUCCCCUCCACUGAUCUGGAUGGCACGUGGAGCAGGGAGUCCUCUGCUUUUUCUGGGAAGGACUCUAUAUUCCAGCCUGAUCUCUCCAUAACUCCCUGUUGGCUCAGCCUUGCUUGGGCUUACUGUAUAUGCCUGUGCCCCACAAGUCUGUACCAUACUCCAUCUGUGAGGGGCACUUCCACUCUCCCAAUCACCAAGGUUGUCAAUUUCCAAGCUCACUGGGAUUCCUGCCUCUUCCUCAUUUCCCACAUCUUGUCACCAAGCCCAUUCGGCUUCAACUCUCGAAUCCCCCUCCUUUCCAUCCCCAGCAGGUGCUGGCUGCACUGGCUCCUCAGCCCCGCAGUGGGCUUCCUUGCUUCUAGUCUCUUCCCACCGGACUGAGGAAGGAGGGGGCUGGGGUCGGCAGGGAAAGGCGGGAUGGAGACCUUCUUGUGUGGCUAGCCUCCACGGUGACUGCUCUUCCUCUCGCUAGUCCAAGGUCCGCGAUGAACAGCAGCGCUAGGGACCUGGGUGUUGGCGGCUGCAGCCCCUGGGAUGACCCUGCUCGCUUCAUCGUGGUGCCCGCGGCCUACGCCUUGGCGCUCGGCCUGGGGCUGCCAGCCAACUUGGCGGCCCUGGCAGUGUUCGUCCGCAGCGGCAGGCGCCUGGGCCAGGCCCUGCGUCUCUACCUGCUCAACCUGGCGCUGGCCGACGUGCUCUUCACGCUCACGCUGCCGCUGUGGCUCACCUACUACCUGGGCCCGGCCCACUGGCCCUUCCCGGAGUCCGCCUGCCGCGCGGCCGGGGCCGCCUACUACGUGUCCACCUACGCCGCCGUGGCCUUCGCCGCGCUCAUCAGCGUGUGCCGCUGCCGC